AGGCAUUUGGGCUCCAGGCAGGCCCCGGGCGUCCGGCACCCCCCUCGCGGCUCAUGCUGGUGGUGCCGCGGUGCGACCGCGACUCGCCUCGCGAGGAGGAGUGCGAGGAUGUCCUCGCGCAGAAGCGGGAGGCCAACAUCCGCCAGCGGGAGGAGUGCAGGAGGCUGAGGCACGCCGAGGCGGUGGCGCAGAAGAAGGCCGCCUGGCAGCGGGAGGCGGAGGGCCGCGAGGGGCGUCUGCAGGGCGCGCGCGCGGCCAGGAGGCAGGAGCUGCAGGAGGCGCUCGCCCAGCGGGCCGCCGCCGCGCAGGAGCGGCGGCAGAAGGAUCUGCUCCGAGAGCACGCCAUCGACCAGAAGCUGCGGUCCUGGGAGGACAGGGAGAACCAGAGGCUUCACCAGAUGUGCGCCGAGGCCGAGCAGGCGAAGAUGCUGAAGGCGUCCUCGCGAGAGCACCAGAAGUCGCUGCGCCUGCAGGCGGCCCAGGAGGCGGCGGCGCGACGAGCCGAGGAGCGGCGGCGGCGGGCGGAGCUGGAGCGGCGCCGCGAGGAGAGCCUCGCCCGCAGGGAGGCGGAGCGGCAGGCGCGGGCGCCCGAGGGCGCUCCGGGCGACCCGCGCGCCCCGGCGCCGGCCGCGGCGGCCCCGUGACCUCGGGCGCGGCGCCCGCCUCGCGAGGGGGAGGAGGAGGAGGAGGAGGAGGAGGAGGAGGAGGAGGAGGAGGAGUGAGUGUGCUUGGGGAGCGUUGUUCAGGGAGGUGUCUUGCCCUCUGCGGUGCUAGGUGGAGCCAGCCUUCGUGAACUGUGCGACUGGCCGUCCAGGACCGGACGUUCUUGAGGGGGGCCGCGCCCAUCCGCAGGGGCGCCCCGCUCCUGGCGUGCCGACGCGAUGCCGACGCGCAUAACUCGUGCGGCGUCAGCGGCUUCGCGCCGGCAGAGCAAAAAAAGAUGUGAGGGCUCGACUUUCGCGCUGCCACGCCCG